GCACUAAUUACAAGUCGAAGAACAAAGGCUUAUAAAAUGCCUAAGCCGCGGAAACUGGAAUGCUCAGACCUGGCUCAGUAUAGCCUAUAGGGAAACGGAAAACGUGGAGAAGUACACCCAUGUAGAUGUGGCCGCCGUUCUGAGCAUGGUUGACCUGAGCCAGCUAUAACGCUUCCCAAGUAAGCCAUAAGCACGUCGAUUCCCACUAAAACCCCAUCUCUCGUCAUUAUGAGUAAAACUGAGUCAAAUUCUGGAUACCAACAGCGAUGCCUUGGCUCUUAUCCUUACUCAUCGCACUCGGUGCUGCGCCGCUUCCUACUCCAUCCUCUCUUGCAAGUCGACAAAUCGACUACGGCUCUCUACAUCCACCUUAGUAACACCCACGUACGGCACUCAAGAAGCAAUGUUUACCAUAUGCUCUAAACUGAUGCUUAAUACCGGGCCACUGACCGCCUACAAUGCGAUCCUGGAAUUCAAGUCGUAUCCACAAUGGGAUUCGUUUAUAAUCGACAUAGCUCUCCCAGAUAUCGUUACGUCAACUCCCGACGAUAUAUACGUUCUUCGAGAAUGUCGGUCAGAUCGCGAGGAAUACUUGCGUAUAAUUUCCAAUUACCUACCUACAAUCAAACUAGUCACCAUAUUUAGGUACUUACUAUAACUUAGCUACAUUUGACAUUUUCAC